AUGUCAGGAACUCGGUUUGAUCUUCUUAAACAGAAGGAAGAUAGGCAUUACCAUUUCACUAUAGGGAUCAAGGGAGGUGAAAGUGUGGGGGGAUAUCCAGCACCACCCGGAAGUCACAUUGGUCAGCAGGGUAGAUCUGUUACCUGGCAUGCCUUCAGUAAAGAUACUGGCUCCGAGCUGAGCAGGCAAGCAGUGAAAUCUGAACCAACAAGAAUAAGACCAACAUAUCCAUUUCCUAGUCUGCAUUUGAUACAGGGAGGUGAAAGUGCGGAUGAAUUAGAUGAAGAAUAUGCAUAUGCUGACAGAACAAAAGAGAAACUUGUUUGGGUUGAUGCACUGAAUAAAUGGGUUCCACAGAGACAGCUUCAUCCGAGACCUUACAUGAGCUUUGUAGGCAAUGCUCCAGUCUUAGAGAAACAUAGCAGGUUACCAAAGGAGAUUGAUGGUGGCGGACAGCACGAUGGUGUACAGACUUGUGAGCGGUUUGAGAUGCACAUGGGGCAACGCACCAGUGUAUCACAGCCGCAAGACAAGUCCAAACAACGGAACAAUGAAAAGCGUGAAGCGAUUAGGAAGCGGGCUCAGGAACUGGCGGAACAGAAAAAACAGAGGAAAGCAUACUCUACCCCACUAUAUACAUCUAUAACUGAAAGAAAGCAAAAUCUGAAACCAAGAGAACAGAGCAGUCGGACCCAUUCUUCACUACCAGUGUCCCCUGUACAUCACAAGGAGAAAGUUCCCUCUCCUAAACAAGUAUGGCAAGCUGAGGAAAGCCCUAAACUACAGAGGGUACAGGAGAAAAAACCACAGCAAGUGUCCCCUAUGAAGAAAGAGAUUUCUAUUACACUAGUGUCACCUCAACCUGAAGAUGAGGUGAAAGAUGAAGAUGAAGACAGGGAUAAGGUGUCGGAGAAGAAAGUCACUUUUAUAGAUGAGGGUAAAACUACUGCAAAAUCUAGUAAGAAAAAGAAAGACGAGGAAGAUUCAGAGAGCAGUAAGAGUGCGGAGGAGGAGAUGAAACUGGAGGAACAACGUCUCAUAGAAUCUCUAGAGAAACAGAGACAAAUACAGAUACAAGAACAACAAAAACUGCUGGCUGAACAACAGCAGAAGGAGAAGGAACGAAAGGAGAAAGAACGUUUAGCAGAGGAGGAGAGGUUAAGAAAAAUGAAAGAGUCUAACAAUAUGCAGAAACAGCCGCUGUCGACACAAAACCAAAACCAUGACAACUAUUAUGAAAAUACUAUGAAUGCCGCAGGUAAAAGAAGAAAAGGUAAAGGCAAAGUUCAGCCCAAGCCAACAAAGGUAGACAAAUCUCCACCAAAGAAACCAGUUAUAAAGAAAAUAGAGGAGGAAAAGCCAUCAGAAAAUGUGGUCAAUAGUGUGAAAUAUGUAAAACCAACAAAACCAGUAGUUACUGCAGAAACAGAAAGCAAACCAAAACCAAAGGUUACAGAUAACAAAUCCAAGGCUAGGGAUAACCUUGUUAAAAAACUAAGAACUGAAAAUUUGCAAGAGCAUAUUCCAAAAGUUGUACCAAAGCCUAAACCAGACCCGCCAAGCAAACCCAUGUUGGCAGGCAUUGGAGCCCAGCAGAAACCUGUGACUGCUGUGCCACAGGGUACGAAACCAGAGAAGAAAGAAGAAAAGUUACCAGUCACGAAACCUAUAAAAGAGGAAGAGAUCAUCAAACCCAGGUCUCCAGCAAGUGAAAGAAGGAAGAGUAUUAUAGAACAAAGAGAGAUUGUGAAGAAAGAGAGACGGGAUGGUAGAAAGUGUUCGAAGCUGGUAGAGGAACCCAAACAGCUUGAUGAAUUAGAAGUUGAUGUUAAGAAAGUUGAGUCCUGGAUAUAUGAGAAGGUAGAUUUCUUGGAGAAGAAAGAGCUGGAGAAAGAAGAAGUGCAUAUAGAGACAGAACCAUUGCCAUCUUUGUUUGCUGAUUUAAAUCCUGAAUUAAUUGAAAAAGAAAAAGAAAAAUUUGAACGAAAGGAAAAAAGGAGAAAAUUUGUAUUAGCAAACUUACUUAGUAAUGAUAAAGCAGUGAGAAAGUGGAGAAAGCCAGGGAAAGUAGAUAGUUCGUAUGCUGAUGAAUUACGGAGACUAGAACUGGCAGAGGAGAGGCGGAAAAGACAAAUGGAGAUGUUUGAGCGGUUAAAAAAUCGUAGACUAUCUCCUGUUAAUGCUGCCUUUGAUGAUGGUACGCCUAGAUUUGAGGAUUGUGAAAUAAGAUCUAGACCAGAAUCUGGUGGGUUUAGUUUGGAUUUUGAUGAUGGUUUCUUGGCAAAGUACUGUAUAUUUACUAAAGGCAAUAUUGAGAUGUACAGACAUGCAUUUGAUGCAGUAGAUGAAGCAAAGACUGGCUGGUUGGAGGGUGAGGAUGUGAUGAUUGCCCUCAGAGGUGUCAAUAACAAACUUACAGAGGCUGAGGAGGAAUAUUUGUACAGGGUGCUGGAGUUGACAGGUUACAAACUCACUCAUGGUGCUGACUUCAAGAUAUUUUCUGUCCUUGCUGCUCUGUCACAGAGAAUAUCUGCUCUAGAUAAAUGGAUGAAGAAUUUGAUUGGACAGAUGGAUUUUAAAGCUCUUGAAAUGAAAAUGUUUAAGUGCAAAACAUUAUGGGAGUGCAAUGUUGAUAAAGAAACUAACAGUAUAUCAAUAGAUCAGUUAUGUGUGGACUUAAGGGCGGGUGGGGUAAGUUGGGAACAUGAAAUGGAGGUGCGAGAGAAACUAGCUCACUUACAUGCGCUAGAUUUACUGGACUUCUUGACUUAUAUACCAUUGUUCAUUAUGAUACACGAAGCUGUUGUGAAAAAUCCUCUUGAUAAUACAAGGAAUAAGUGAGUUCAUUCCACUGUUAUGAAUAAGUGAGCAAAUAGUGAAUAAGUGAGAAAAUAGUGAAUAAGUGAGAGAAAAAGAGCAGGAAAAUGAAUAAGCAAACUACUUGGUAAUAGCAAAUAAAGGAAUUAGUACACAAUGUCAUGAGGAAAUCAUGAUAAGAUUUAUAGCAGAAGUACAUCAACCGAGAGAAAGAUGCCAACAGAAGCAUAUGACUUGAAAAAGUGUGAAAAAUGUGAAAGCAGAAAAGGAAUUAGUGAAAAAAAAUGAAUACAAGAGAUUAAGUUAAAUAGAACAAAUACAGAGAAAAAUGAAGACAGAUGACUUGACAUGCACAGUGAAAGGAUUUGUUCUGAUAUAAGAUAAUUAUAUAUUGUUUAUAUUUCAUACAAGUGACAUUAGUUCAUAAGUUGCAUGUUUUAGCUUAUCUAUUAAUUCACAGAGCAUUUGUGAGAAAAAUAUACUUUCUAGAACUUCUGUAUUUGUUUAAUUGAUCUCACUUAGAUUCAUAAAUUUUACAAGAAAAACUUCAUUAAUAAUGAUGCUGUUUGAACAAUAACUUCUGCUACUUUUAUAUCUCGGGAUAAGGUUGGGAUGGUGGGAUCUUUGGCAACAUAAUUAUAUUUAUGAUGCAAAAGUAGAGCUAUUGUACUCACCCCUUUGUCAGCUUUAGUGUUGACAUCUCAAUUUGGUUAAGUUUUCAUGUAUGUAAGCUGGUAAUUUUCUCAAUAUCCAUUCAUGGGAAUUGAUUGACAAUUCACACACUGUUCAGUGCUACAUUCUAAAAUGCAGUGCACAAGUUCCAUAACUCUUAUUUUGUGUUUAAAAAAUUAGAACCCUUUCCAACUUUGCAAUUUUUCAUGAAAUCUGUUUUAUCUUGCAAAGCAACAUAAGACGCUGAAAAUUGUUGCAACUUUCGUAUUUAUUUAUUUCCAUGUUUUCAUUAUUUAUUAAACCUGCUUAACCUUUAGCCUGCUGGCGGCAAGUGAUUCUGCCUUUGCAAUCAGUGCAGACCAUGAUCAGCCUGCACGGAUGUUCGCUAUUCAGUCAGUAAAUUCUCAGUGAAUACCCCUUCGAAUAAUAAAUGGUAUUGUUCAAAUUGAAUGACAGACCAGUCCAUUACAGAAAUUUAGCAUUAUAGUAAAGGUUAAGAAUAGACGAGUGUUGCUGUCCUCUGCUAGCUCAUGUUUUAAUUGUCAGCACACAGAAUGGUAUAAAGCUGUUAGUCAAAUUCAAUAUUUAAAAUAUGCUUACUCUGAUAUUUUGCUGUUUAAAAAUGUUUUUGGGACUUCUUGUGUUUCAUCAGGAAGGUCUAAUACAUAUUAGUCGUUCCAGGUUUUGUAUAGUUAGGGUUUUCAUUUAUGAUCUAUAUUUCUUUUUUACUACAUUUAAAAAAGAAUAAAUAUUUGUUGUUUAUAUCAAGUAAGGAUUUAUAAAGUCCAGUCAGAACAAACAAAAAAGGGAGAGAUAGGUAGGUGUGCAAUACUUAUGUAUACUGUAUGUGAUAUUUUACUGUGAUAAAUUACUUGAGAGUCUGCUUUAUACCCCCAAAUAAAUACCGCCAGGACUUUGAUUUUUACAAUUGAGGGAUGGUGUUUAUUUAGGGACCCAGUUUCAAAAAAAAAAAAAUGAAAUAAAUAUAUAUAGCUAUGAAUCAGUCUUCAACUAAAUGAAUUUUAACAAUAUUUUCCAAAGUCACGCUGAACAGAACUUAUCAUUAUUUCUGUGAGGUAAAUAGGGUAGGGGAAACAUUUAUAUGGGGAUAUACAGUAUGUGAAAUGUUUGUAACGUAUCAUGAGAGUAUAACUGUUGAAAAUUUCUGUAUGUAAUGUUUUUACAAGUCAAAUGGUUUAUCGCGGCCAGAAAUUUGUACAAACCGGACAGAAGUUGCGAAAUUGUCAUUUGUGCAGGAAAGAAGCGUUUAUCUUAAUGUCCAGUACUGGACAGGUAUAGUGACCAUGCACGGACACAGCCAAUUUUCUCAGAGGGGGUCCGAUCCCCUGCCCCCCCCCCCCCCCCCCCCCCCCCCUGGAAAUUUUGAAAUUUAGCACUUCAUUUUUUGCAUUCUGGGACAGUUUUAUGGACUAACCUGUUAAAUUUGGGAAAAUGAUAAGAUCAAGCUUUCUUGAAGUAAAAUUCUUAGUUUCUUUUAGAUAAAUAAUAUGAAUUAUGUUGGGGUCGUAUGUAGCAGCAGCCGCAUAUACUUUACAUGCAGUCCUAAUGUUGCCUUUUUUGAAAAACAUUUUCUUUCCUUCUUGUCUUCUUUCCUUUUUUUAAAGAUUUUCCAGAGGGGGUCCGGACCCCCGGUCCCCCUCUGGAUCCGCGCAUGGUGACAUAUCAUGCUUUCUUUUAUGCAGGUAAACUUGUGUUUGGUUUAAUUUCAACAGAGCACAAUUGUCUGAACAGUGUACAAACUCAUUACUGUUUUUUCAGGCAAGGGUGGAAAAAAAAGGUAGACAAUGAAAGCAGUAACAUUUUUAUUAAAAAAAAAAUAAACAAUGAGACAAACAUUUCCAACAUCUUUGGACGGUUCAAAAAUCCCAUGUUAAACAUACGAUAAAGCCAGAAACACGUGAAAAUGUUCCGAAUGUAAAUCGGGUGAAGUAGGUGCUCUAUGUAUAGAGUUAGAUUAUGCAUCUAGAUACUGUACCAGAGGGGUCAGUCAAUUGUGGGUUAUUGAUUAAACUGGGCGAGUCUACUUACUUAUUACUUGAGGAUGAAAAAAAACGUGUUUUUUAAAUGUUGCUCUUAAACAAGGGUGGCGGUUGAACUACUAAAAGUACAACAACAGUUAAUUCACAACAAAUCGUACGGUAUGUUUUAUAAUCAGUAGAAGCUAGUCGUAUUUACGCUUAUGAGACCUGUUUCACCCAUAAGAAAAGAAUUCACAGGUCCAUCAUGAAAUAUUUUCCCCAGCGCGCAUAUACUUCACCUAUUCAAUAUGAUCGCGGCCUCCCCGGCCGCGAUCAAACACAGGAUUAUGUUAAAUGUUUGUGGAGGUUAUCUUACCAAAACUAGAUUUUGAAUGAGUAGUUGUUCACUUUAUAAAUAGGUAGAUUAGUGGUAUUUGCCUAUCAAAGAGAUGAGAAAAUAUUGUUCUUGACUGUUGAUCAGAUUGGCUCAUUUUGUGGCUACACAUUUAAUCAUAAAUUCAUUAAUUAUUAAUUAGAAUUAAUAAUAAGCAAAUGUUUAAUAAUAUUGAUCUGAAGAAAAUAUUAAACCUACAUCAAAUAUGUGCUAAAGUGUCAACUUGAAAAGGUCUAGAGGAAAAUAAUGUCUGAAAACAUAUACAUGUAUAUUGGCAUAAAUUUUUCAUCUAAAUUUCCAUAAAUCAAAGUGUGUACAUUUGGUUUGUGCAAAUUAAAGAAUUGUACUUUGGUGGUACACAAUAUCAGAAAUGCCAUUAUAAGUUAAAAUUCACCAAUAUUCAGUCUACAGCUAAGAUAGUAUUGUAUUAAAUAUAACAAUGCUAAAAGAAUAUUUUACAGUAUUUGGGGUAAGCACACAGUUGUUAAUGAAUAUAUUUAUUACACAUACUAGUAAACAAGAUGUUAAAUGAUACAAUGCAGUCACUUUGGCUUCAUUUCUCUAUUAUGUUUUGUAAAUAUGUAUUUAAUGUAGUAACAAUGUUGGGUCUGCUUUUGUAGACUAAAAUAAAGAUAAUAAAAUAGUC